AAUUUCAGCCCUUCCCUUUGCUCUCUGUGUUCCCUCAGGUGCUAAUAAGUCCGCGUUUAUUUAAGAGAACCCUUUUUUUUUUAAACUGAAUCAAGUGCUGGUCUACUUGUUGCCAAUCUCUGGAUAGGUGCUUCAGCAGAAGAGAAUCCGAGGCUCCAGAGAUGCUGGACGGCAUAAAAAUGGAGGAGCACCCGUUACGUUCAGGUCCUGCCACCCUGGGAAUGCUGCUGGGCUCUGAUUGUAAACAUAAAGAAAUGUGUAACGGUUGCCAAAGACCUAUAGAAGAUCGAUUUCUGAUGAGAGUCAAUGAUGCUUCCUGGCAUGAACAUUGUUUGCAAUGCACGGUGUGUCAACAACCCCUAACCAGGAGCUGUUAUUUUCGAGACAGGAAACUUUACUGCAAACACGACUAUGAACAAUUAUUUGCCACGAAGUGCAAUGGCUGCAUGGAGAAGAUAGCACCCACGGAGUUUGUGAUGCGAGCUUUAGAGUGCGUUUACCAUCUGAGCUGUUUUUGUUGCUGUGUUUGCGAAAGAGAGCUGAGGAAAGGUGACGAGUAUGUUUUGAAAGAGGGCCAGCUGCUUUGCAAAAGCGACUAUGAGAAAGAAAAGGAACUGCUGAGUUCCGUUAGCCCUGAUGAUUCUGAUUCAGUGAAAAGUGAUGAUGAAGAUAUUGACAUUAAGCCAAAUAAAAUUCAGGGAAUUCAGGGAAAGGCUUGCGAAGAUGCCAAGGAUCAGAGAAGGCCAAAACGCCCCAGGACAAUCCUUACAACACAACAAAGGAGAGCAUUUAAAGCGUCAUUUGAAGUUUCUUCCAAACCUUGCAGAAAGGUCAGAGAAACUCUGGCAGCAGAAACGGGGCUUAGUGUCAGAGUAGUUCAAGUGUGGUUCCAAAAUCAAAGAGCCAAGAUGAAAAAGCUGGCACGAAGACAACAACAGCAGCAAGAACAACAGAACGGUCAGCGACUCGGACAAGAAGUGAUGUCAAAUAGAAUGGACGGGAUGAUAAAUUCAUAUGCACCAGUUGCACCUCCUCAGCAGCAGCUUGUGUCCAUAGACCAAAACGGUUACAACUCUGAUCCAUUUCAACAAGGACUCACCCCACCCCAAAUGCCAGGGGACCACAUGAAUCCGUACGGAAACGACUCCCUCUUCCAUGAUAUCGAUAGCGACACCUCCCUCACCAGCUUGAGCGACUGUUUUCUUGCCUCAUCAGAAGUUAACCCCAUGCAAGCUAGAGUGGGGAACCCUAUCGACAGGCUCUAUUCCAUGCAGAACUCAUAUUUUGCUUCGUGAAAGCAACAGGACUGAAGAAGAAGCCUGAUUUAUUAUGGUGACUUUAAAUGGGGGCGGUGGGGGUUGGGAUAGAAAAAAAAACUAAAUAAAGAAAACUGUACAGCCAUAUAUUACCUUAUUCUUGCCUCAUAAUGAACUUAUCCACUAUUUCCCAUGUGGCAGAAAAACUGACAGCAAGAAGAUAAUGGAAGUGACAUACAAAAAAGACAAAUUCAAUAGAAUUCAAAUCAGCACAACAAUGGGAGCAUGGGACGUAGAGGCUGCAGCUGCAUUCCAUUGUUUCAAUGUUUUUAUACAAAGACUCCAGAACUUAUUGUUCUUAAUUACAUACAUCGAAAUCUGGGAAUCUCAGCCUCUUCCCUGCCCUUCUGCUAUUCCGUUUAUUACUUUUUUGGGUCAUGACUGGAUCUCAAAGAUAUAUAUAUAUAAAACAAAAAGCUACACACCCAAUUCUCCAUGCACUUGAUGUAAAAGAGGUUAGAUAAUGUUAUACUUCACUGUCGCCUUAGUCAGGUACGUUUGCAUAAAGAAAAACCGAGUAGACUAAUUUGGCCUGAGCUCCCCUUGCGUUUUGCAUGAAUCAUCUCUCUCGCGUGGUAACAGCUAACACUUUAUUAAGCUAUAAGAUGUAGUGCUCAAGUUUGUACUGCCCUUUCCUUUCACAGUAUUUGACGCUUAUAGCUGUCACACGGUUUCCUCGCUCGAGCGUAGUCUCCGGUGCGGAAUGGUGCGUGACUUACGGUGUUGUCAGUGCUAUUAGCCAAGUGCCAAUAAAUGGAAAACUUGUUCUGCAAAGGUGGCUGUUGAUAAUUUGUCAAAUUGAAGUCCAGUAGUUUUCAUUGCUAUUUAAAAAUGCGCUGGAGUGGUUAAACGGUGUUAUUUCAUGCAGUUUUAGCACAUUCCACCUGAUUUCAUUUCUCGAUCGUUUAAAUCACUACAUGUUGUGUCUUUAGACCGAGCAGCUUCACAUGCGAAGCCUCAAGCUCUGCCAGGAUAUUAUGUGCUAAGUCACAGUCUUGCUAGUGGAUAUUACAAUACCAAAGUUCAGGUUGUUCAGUGCAGGUGGCAAAGCAUCCCCCAGCCCAACAAAGAAACCAAAGUUUUGCUGCAGAAAAUGUAUGGUGAAUGAAGUAAUAUUGUGGCAAAACAUACUGCCUGAUCACAAUUACAUCUUUCAUUAGUAAUGGUGCUCAAUGUUCGGCAGUGAUGAAUACGUCCAUUAAACGGGGAGAUAUUUUGCAGCAUUGAGAUAAGCAAUUGACAAAUUGUACAAAAGCAGAGACACGAACUCCCUCCCUGGUCCAUAUCCAUCAUAAGUCGCCAAAUAAUUGGGAUGAUAGAGGAAAUGUGAGAAAUGAGUCAACAACCAGUUCAGCAGCGUUAUUGUUUUUAUAUUACUGUGUGCAUUUAUCCACAGUACCUCUGAUAAAUGCUAAGAGAUUUAAAACCAAAGGUAAUUGUUAAAAGCUAACCUCAUCUUUUUUAAUUCAAAAUAACCAAGCAAAACUUGACCUAUAACUCAACUGGGAAUUACCUGUCUUCUAAUGGUUAAUUACAACAAGAUAUGCACCCCGGAAGCAAAAACAUAUUCCACUGAUAGAGUUCAAAGGUAUGAAAGUAGAAGUACAAGUACUGUUACCAUCAUUUGUAUCAUGAUUCAUCUCAUCAGAUGGUAAUCUCUGUGCUUUGACCUGAGAGUUCCAGUAAAAGAUUAAGCCUGAAAGCAGCUUUUGACCUUUCUGAUUUUGUUCAGCUCAUUUUGGGACUGCCAUGGGACAGUAUGAUUGCUCAAGUGAGGAUAAUGCGCUUUAACUGAAGCAAUACUUUAAAGGGAAAAGUAAAUUGACAAACUCCUGUCAGGCACCCUUAGCAUUUGAUGUGUUCACUCUGACAGCAUGCCAUUGAUUAUGCGAUUGGGACUUGGAAGGUUAUGGGUCAAGGCAACUGCAGUUUAUUAGUCUUUCCCAUAUAAUGAUUGCUUUCUAUAGGUAUCUGGGGAGGAAAUCAACCUCUUUACUGUAUGCAUGCAUCAAAUUAUAUAGUAAUUCCAUUGUCAUUCAAAAUGAAUUUUCUAUUGAGGAAAGCAGAAGGAACAGUGUACAGAAUGAUGAUUGAUUACGCCAAUAUGUUGAGAGUUCGGUUAGUGCUGCACUGAUGGCUAUGUUCAUGCAAACUUAACUACAAAUAAGUUUGGUUGCCACCUCUGUUACUCCAUUUAAUAUGGUAAGCUGGUUUUAAAAGCAUGUUCGUUUAAAGAAUAUGCUGCCAACUCUGUCAUAUUUUACUUUGGAUUGUAUU